AUCGUCAGUGUAGAGAGGCAGCGCUGAGCAGCUCCCAGCUCCAUGUGCAGAGCUCUCCUCCCUCUCCAUCUCCCCCCAGCCUCCCGUAUAGAUUGUAGAUCGCCGGAUCGUGCCUGUAACAAUAGGACUCUAUUGCCCCCUCCUCGCUCUGCUGCAUUGUAUAUGAUCUAUCUGCCCCUCCGGUAGGCAGGUGUAGGGGGCACCCAGCAUGGCAGCGGAGAGAAAAAGGAACUGGAACAAGGAGGAUGACCUGCCGGUGUAUCUGGCCAGACCCGGGACCACCGCUCAGACCCCCAGAGUCAAGUAUGGGGGGAUGUUUGCCUCUGUGGAGGGGGCUUAUGAAAACAAGACCAUUGAUUUUGAUGCCUACAGCGUGGGCAAGAAAGGGACCCGCACCCCCAGGAGCAGCAGCAGGCCGGACUUGGAUGGGGAUAAUUUCAGCGAGACAGCCAGCGAUGUGAGCGAGAUCUCCGGCUCUGCCGUCAGCUCCCCGGGAGACAGGGAUGACAGACCCCCCGGGAUUGAGAUUAAAUACCCCGGAGGGAAGGAUCUGCUGCAGGGGCAGGACAAUGGCAAGAGUGAUCGCCUUCUCAUUAAAGGAGGAAGGAUCAUCAAUGAUGACCAGUCUUUCUAUGCAGAUGUUUACCUCGAAGAUGGCCUUAUAAAACAAAUAGGAGAGAACCUAAUCGUUCCUGGUGGAGUGAAAACGAUUGAAGCUAAUGGACGCAUGGUCAUUCCUGGUGGGAUUGAUGUAAAUACAUAUCUACAGAAGCCCUACUUGGGUAUGACAACGCUAGAUGACUUUUACCAAGGCACAAAAGCAGCUGUAGCUGGUGGCACCACCAUGAUCAUUGACCAUGUUGUUCCUGAUCCCGGAUCAAAUAUUUUGGCCUCUUUUGAAAAGUGGCAUGAAGUGGCUGACACCAAAUCCUGCUGUGACUAUUCCCUUCACGUGGACAUUACCAGUUGGUACGAUGGGAUCCGAGAGGAGCUGGACAUUCUUGUCCAAGAUAAAGGUGUCAAUUCUUUUCAGGUAUACAUGGCCUACAAAGAUUUAUACCAAAUGUCAGACAGCCAGCUGUAUGAAAUCUUCACCUUCCUCAAGGGACUUGGUGCUGUAAUCCUUGUCCAUGCUGAAAAUGGUGAUUUAAUAGCUCAGGAACAGAAACGAAUAUUAGAGAUGGGAAUCACUGGACCCGAGGGCCACGCUCUCAGUAGACCAGAAGAGCUUGAAGCAGAAGCCGUCUUCCGAGCCAUUACAAUAGCGAGUCGCAUCAACUGCCCUGUGUACGUAACAAAAGUUAUGAGCAAGAGUUCCGCUGAUGUUAUUGCACAAGCCAGAAAGAAAGGUGCUUUAGUAUUUGGAGAACCAAUCACUGCAAGUUUAGGAACAGAUGGUACCCACUACUGGAGUAAGAACUGGGCCAAAGCUGCAGCUUUCGUAACAUCUCCUCCUCUCAGCCCAGACCCCACAACACCAGAGUAUCUGAACUCUCUGCUUGCAUGUGGAGAUCUACAGGUCACAGGAAGCGGUCACUGUUCUUAUAGCACUGCUCAGAAAGCUAUAGGGAAGGACAACUUUACUCUGAUUCCAGAAGGAGUCAAUGGAAUUGAGGAACGGAUGGCCAUUGUUUGGGACAAGGCUGUGGCCUCAGGUAAAAUGGACGAGAACCAAUUUGUUGCGGUCACCAGUACAAAUGCUGCCAAAAUAUUUAAUUUGUACCCAAGGAAAGGGCGAAUUGCUGUGGGCUCUGACGCAGAUGUUGUUAUCUGGGAUCCUGACAAGGUCAAGACUAUUUCUGCCAAAAGUCACAAAUCCGCUGUGGAAUACAACAUCUUUGAAGGGAUGGAGUGUAGAGGAGCCCCACUAGUAGUAAUUAGCCAAGGAAAGAUUGUAUAUGAAGAUGGCAACUUGCAUGUCAACCAAGGCAUGGGGCGCUUCAUUCCUCGAAAACCUUUCCCAGAAUACAUUUACCAGCGAAUCAAAACAAGGAACAAGGUAUCAGAAUUGCAAGCAGUGUCCCGAGGAAUGUAUGAUGGACCUGUGUAUGAAGUUCCAGCUACUCCAAAGUAUGCAACUCCGGCACCUUCAGCAAAAUCCUCCCCUUCCAAGGUCCAGGCUCCUCCGAUCAGAAACCUUCACCAAUCUAAUUUCAGUCUUUCAGGGGCCCAGAUUGAUGACACCAACCCUCGUCGCACAGGACAUCGUAUUGUUGCUCCACCGGGAGGUCGCUCAAACAUUACAAGUCUUGGUUGACCCAUCUGAAUUAAUGUAAAAAAAAAGAAGAAUACAAGUAAAAGCAUCACUGGAACAACGUUCCUUUCUGUGUCAGUGUUAUUGCUCCCACAAUGUUUUGGUACAUAUGAAAAACGGUCUUUUUUUCGUAUAGGAAGAGGUGAUCUCAGUGUGGUGAACCGCUUGGAGCUACUUACCUCACAUGUUUGUUUAGCCACCAUAACACUUUGAGCCCCGGGACUGCGAGUGGCUUGUUGCGUUAAUGUAUACCGCUUCGGUGCCCAACGUGUUAAAGCAUGGAACUGUAUUCAUCACCGUAUUAGAGUAGGAACUUUGUCUUGUAGCCAGUGGCUAAUUCAUUCGCACCAUUUAGCUUUGUAGGGUAGGUGGGUAGGUAGUGCAUGGCUUACUGUUAUUUAUAAGAAUUUUGCCUGUGAGUUUCCAUAGAUCCUCAUGACUAAUUUAACACAACAACAAGAUCAAUCUUGCCACCGAUAUGUAUGAAAUGUGGACAAUUUUAUGUAUACUGUAGGAUGCUAAAUGUAUCACGUUUAAUUUAUUAUUAUUAUUUAGUAUUUUUUAAGAACGGCUCAGAACAUGAAUGAAACAACGUUACAACUUCCCAUCCUAACUGUACAGUUUGGCCCAUUUUCACUGUUUUACAUUUUUCGCGAAAUAACACUCAUUGAGCCAUGUUUUAAUCAUUCAGCUUAAAGAAAAACUGCUUGCCUGAGGUUUUGAUACUGUUAACUCCAAAUCACAACCUGAUUUUUACAGUUUUGUACAAAUUUUUCUUUGUAUUCACACACAUUUUUACUUAUUAAGUAUGAAAUUCUAGAUGUGAUUCAGUUAAUGAAUUCAGAGCUUGUGAAAUAAAUGACAUGGAAAUAGUU